GCUGCGUUCGCGCCCCGGAAGCGGAAGCCAGCUCUCCUUCCAGGCGGCUGAUUCGAGGGCUUGUUUUGUCACAAGCGGUGCCUCUGAGAAACUGCAAGAGGGCGGACCAUGCCGUCUGAGGGUCGCUGCUGGGAGACCCUGCAGGCGCUGCGCAGUUCCAACAAAGGUCGCCUUUGCUAUCAUCGCGACUGUCUGCAGCGCGGUGAGGAUGUUUUAGAAGAAUGUAUGUCUCUUCCCAAGCUAUCUUCUUACUCUGGAUGGGUGGUAGAUCAUGUCCUACCCCAUACACAGGAGAACCCACCACUGUCUGAGACCUCACCAUCCUUAACGUCUACUUCAACCCUAGAGCAACCCUCAUGUGUGCCCAAAUCUCCCGUCAGAAACUCUGCCUACUCACCAGCUUCCUCUACAACACCAAAUGGAACCAAGGGCAAACAUGAGUCCCAUCAUACAGAGUCCAUGGUACUUCAGUCUUCCCGGGGGGUCAAAGUGGAAGGCUGCAUCCGAAUGUAUGAACUGGUACACAGAAUGAAAGGAAGGGAAGGCCUGAGGCAAUGGCAGGAGGAGCAAGAGAGGAAGGUGCGGGCCCUCUCAGAGAUGGCGUCUGAACAGCUGAAGCGGUUUGAUGAACGGAAGGAACUGAAGCAGCAUAAAGAAUUCCAAGACCUGCGGGAAGUGAUGGAGAAGAGCUCUAGAGAAGCCUUGGGCCACCAAGAGAAGCUCAAAGCUGAGCAUCGUCACAGAGCAAAGAUUCUCAACCUGAAGCUGCGGGAGGCAGAGCAGCAGCGCCUGAGGCAGGCAGAGCUGGAGCGGCUUCGGAGAGAAGAGGGCGAGGGGCGCCUGCGCAGCCUCUAUGCCCUGCAGGAGGAGGUGCUGCAGCUCAGCCAGCAGCUGGACGCCUCUGACCAGCACAGGGACCUGCUGCAGAUUGACCUGGCAGCCUUCCGCACCCGAGGCAACCAGCUGUGCAGCCUCAUCUCAGGGAUCAUUCGGGCCACUUCAGAGAGUGGCUAUCCCACAGCAGAGAACCAAGCUGAGGCUGAACAAGCUCUUCAGGAAAUGCGGGACCUCCUUACAAACUUGGGACAGGAGAUUACCAGAGCCUAUGAAGACAAGAAGAAGCAGGAUGAAGCCGAGGCCCAGGCAAAGCUACAAGAGUCAAAGAUGCAGCAGGGACCAGAGACUCACAAAGAGUCCCUGGCACCUAGCGAGGGCCCAGGAGGAAAACAGAAUGAAGAACUCCAGAUGAAGGUACAAGACAGUACAAUGCAGUGGUACCAGCAGCUGCAGGAUGCGUCCUCACAGUGUGUGCUGGCCUUUGAGGGUCUUACCAACAGCAAAGAUGGGCAGGCCAAAAAGGUAAAGAUGGACCUUCAGAAGGCUGCUACCAUCCCAGUGAGCCAAAUCUCCACCAUUGCAGGUUCAAAGCUGAAGGAGAUAUUUGACAAGAUCCACAGCCUGCUCUCUGGAAAACCUGUUCAAUCUGGUGGGCGCUCUGUAUCUAUCGCACUUAACUCACAGGGGCUGGACUUUGUCCAGUAUAAACUGGCAGAGAAAUUUGUGAAACAAGGCGAGGAGGAAGUGGCUUCUCAUCAUGAAGCAGCAUUCCCUAUUGCAGUUGUAGCAUCUGGGAUCUGGGAGCUCCACCCCAGAGUUGGGGACCUCAUUCUUGCUCAUCUACACAAGAAGUGUCCUUACUCUGUUCCUUUCUAUCCAGCUUUCAAGGAGGGAAUGGCUUUGGAAGACUAUCAGAGGAUGCUAGGCUACCAAGUGAAAGAUUCCAAAGUGGAGCAGCAGGACAACUUUCUGAAACGCAUGUCUGGGAUGAUACGUCUCUAUGCUGCUAUCAUCCAGCUCCGGUGGCCAUAUGGAAAUCGACAAGAAAUUCAUCCUCAUGGCUUAAAUCAUGGCUGGCGCUGGUUGGCACAGAUCUUAAACAUGGAGCCCCUGUCAGAUGUUACAGCCACCCUCCUCUAUGACUUCUUGGAGGUAUGUGGCAAUGCCCUCAUGAAGCAGUACCAGGUCCAGUUUUGGAAAAUGAUAAUUCUCAUCAAAGAGGACUAUUUCCCCAGAAUUGAAGCCAUCACAAGUGCAGGACAGAUGGGUUCCUUCAUACGCCUCAAGCAGUUCUUGGAGAAAUGUUUGCAACGCAAGGAGAUUCCUGUCCCCAAGGGUUUUCUGACUUCGUCCUUCUGGCGCUCCUGAUGCCACUUCAUCCCUCACUAUCACCGUUAUAUUGCAAAGAGGCAAUAAUAAAGCAACAGAAGAUCGCUGUCUAUAGGAGAAGUCAUGUCACAUUUACAAAUUUGCCGAUAUUUUUACGUAUUUAUACCAUGUGACUAAGGGGAGAUUUUCAUGAGACACAAAGUCUUGGAGGUGUGUUAGUGACUGAGAUACCUCCCAAAGUGAUCUACACGGUAGAGUAAAUGGAAUUGGCCUUUCUUACUCUUGGGAAA